GACUCAGCGGCUGCUCUGCCGCGGGCGAACUAGCCGUUCUCUCUUCUCGCCACGUGAAAUCUCGCCCCUCUCGACCUGCAUAGGGCUUUUCUGUGCUCUCUCCCCUUUUAAGCGUCUCCCGCCCUCCAUCCCCCGGCUCCAUAGCUCGACCUUUUCAUCGCACCCGGGACCCGUUAUACACCACCCCCCUUCACCCCUCCGCGGCCCUGAGAAAAACGCCGCGGCGCGCGCAGAGAGAGCUGGGGGUGGGUGAGUGCGCGUGUCGCGCAGGGCCGAGAGGCGCCCUCCGCCCCCCGCCGGCGGCUGGCUCCCCUCCCCCCACCCCCACUCCGGACCGUCUCGCGCCGCCGCCGGGCUCCGCGCGCUCUCUAGUCUCCCCCGCGCCCGCGCCCCCGCCCCCUUCCCCUCCCAGUUGACGGAGGAGCCAGAGACCCAACGCCCAGCGCGGCCGGCCCCGAGGAGCUGUCGCCGCCGCCGCCGCCGCCGCCGCCAACUAGCCGAGGAAGAGGAGGAAGACAGACCCGGGGGAAUGCCGCGGAAGGGAACGCGGUGUUGAAUUCUCCUUCAUGCCGGACUUAAGUCUAGCCCAGUCAGAUUCCUUCCUUGCAUCGCCUUGUGCUGUUAAGAUUUUGGGCACCUGUUAACACCGUAGGAGUGGAAAAGUUGGCUUUUGUUCACGAAUGAGGAAUUAUUCUCUGAUAGACUUUUCUUAAGAGAAUCAUCUUUACAAUGGCUUCAGCUGUGAUCAGUUCUGUUCCCACUACUGCUUCUCGUUUUGCCCUUCUGCAAGUAGAUAGUGGCAGUGGUUCUGAUUCUGAGCCUGGGAAAGGCAGAGGUCGGAAUCCUGGAAAGUCUCAAGCAUUGGGGAGCAAGCCAACCACAAAUGAAAAGAAAAAAGAAAAAAGAAGAAAAAAGAAGGAACAGCAGCAGAGUGAGGCAAAUGAGCUUAGGAAUAUUGCUUUUAAGAAGAUUCCCCAGAAAUCCUCCCAAGUAGUUUGUAGCUCUCAACAUGAGCUUUCAUUGCCAAACCCAGUACAGAAAGACUUACAAGAAGAAAAUUGGCAGGAGUGGAGACAAAGAGAUGAACAGUUGACAUCUGAAAUGUUUGAAGCUGAUCUUGAAAAGGCAUUGUUGCUAAGCAAACUAGAAUAUGAAGAACACAAAAAGGAAUAUGAAAAUGUUGAAAAUGCUUCACCUCAAUCAAAAGGUAUGAAUAAAAAAGAAAAAAGAAAGAAUCAUCAAGGCAAAGACAAACCACUCACAGUGUCGCUGAAAGACUUUCAAUCGGAAGCAAAUAUAGAUCACCUUAGUAAAAAAACUGAGGAAUUGAGUUCUUCCCAGACUUUAUCACAUGAUGGAGGAUUCUUCAAUAGACUGGAAGAUGAUGUUCAUAAAAUUCUUAUUAGAGAAAAGAGAAGAGAACAGCAAACAGAAUAUAACGGAACAGAUAAUUGUACAGCCCAUGAACACAGCCAGGAGGUAUACUUGAAAGAUGGAAGAACUGAAAGACUAAAAUUGGAACUUGAAAGGAAAGAUGCUGAAAUUCAGAAAUUGAAAAACAACAUCACUCAGUGGGAGGCAAAAUAUAAAGAAGUAAAAGCAAGAAAUGCUCAGUUAUUGAAAAUGUUACAAGAAGGUGAAAUGAAAGAUAAAGCAGAAAUACUUCUUCAAGUUGAUGAAUCACAAAGUAUCAAAAAUGAGCUAACCUUACAGGUGACUUCGCUUCAUGCUGCAUUAGAGCAAGAAAGAUCAAAAGUGAAGGCAUUACAAGCAGAAUUAACAAAAUAUCAGGGUGGCAGAAAAGGGAAAAGAAACUCCGAGUCUGACCAGUGUAGGUGAUCACAUUAGCCGUUGAGAUCAGUACAAACACACACACACACACACACACACACACACACGCACUACUUACCCACAUACAUAACACACAUACACACACACACACAAACUUUUCAGGGUUUUGGAAAAAAAAUGUAUAUAUUUAAUGCUCUACAACUGCUGAACUAUGCAGUUUUUGUUGGGGAAAAGAAACCUAAAAUGACUAAUUGAUUAACCAACUAAAAACUAUUUCAUUUUUCUGUUGGUUUAAAGUGAAAAGUAGGAAAGUAGAAAAACUCAGUGAAUCAUUACUGUUUGCUGUCCAUGCUCAUCACUUUAGUUUUUCAUCAGUCAAUAAAAUUUACUCUUCCAUUUGUAUGUUUGAUUUUUUUUUUUUAAGUCCCAGAAAUGUGUGGAAGUAUUAGCUUAGUAUUUAUCAAGAUAAACUACAUUAGACCAAAGCUAUAAUUGCUGCUGUUUAUCUGCUUGAUUUUUUUUAGUUCUUUUAAAUUAAUUUAGUACAGUGGAAUGCCAUUAUAUAGUAUGACUCAUAGUGAGACAGAUUUAUUCAUGCCCUUCAAAGGCAUUAGCCUUUUACUUAGCCUUUGCUAAGUAAAAGAUAUCUGAUGUAGAUAGAGGGACACAGAUGGGCCUGGAUCUGUGAUUUCAUUGGUCUAGAGAACUCCCAGAUAAGAAAAUUGUUAUUGCACCUCAUCAUGUUCUCAACAACUAAAUCCUAAAAAUCAUUUAAAACCUUGAGAGGUUAAAUGACUUUCCCAAAAUAAAACAACUAGUGUGCAUAAAAAGCAAGACUUGAAUUUAGGUCUUCCUGGCUCUCUAUCCAUGUUGUCUAAAUAUAUAUUAUAAACAUAACUACAUAUAUAUGUAUCAGAGUAGGCUAAACCAGAAAUGUUAAGUCAUCUGUCAAAUUCAGGAGUUCUAUUUAAUUUGGCAUAUGAACCUAUUUUGCAAAAUACAAUAAGAGGACAAAUACAAAUGACAUAAAAGAUCAUAAUCCUAGGUCUUAAGCAACCAUCUUAGUCUAGCCCCCUUGUCUUGUAGAUUUUACAAGUUAAAAUAAGAAACGUUGGGUUACUUCCCUAAUGGAACUUGUAUAAAGGUAAAGUUAAAUGGAAACAUAAUAAAAAGGAAAACAGAUCUAUUAAGUAGUGUGCAGCAAUUUGGUCUUACUAACUGGCAAAAUGCAGUGGUAUUCAGAAAUAACCUAUAUUACAAUGCAACCUAUAACAAAAUUGGGUGUCUAGUGUUAAUAUCAACAUGAAUAAGAUUGGACCAUCAGAACAACAAGAAAAGCUUGGGUUGCAAUUACAGUGAACAAUCUCACAAUUCUUUUUUAGCAUUCUCAGAUUUUAACAAGAAAAGCUUGGGUUGCAAUUCCAGUGAACAAUCUUACAAUUCUUUUUUAGCAUCCUCAAAUUUUAUGUUAUAAUAGGUAGGAAAUAAUGUACACAAGACAUGCACAGAAAUGGUGUUAAAAUGAGUUGAGUUGCAAAAUGUUGACAGUUCACAGGAGAGAAGAAUCAAUUUUUGGUUGAUCCUUUGGAUUAGACAAAGUUGCAUGGGAAAGAGUAAUUUAAACUAAACCUUGAAGGGAGAAUCAUAAACUGGAAGAGACUUAAGGCCUCAGGAGCAGAAAAAAAAAAAAAAGCACAUGGGUAAGGAUAUGCACCA